UUCGAGCCAUCUGCGAAUGAUUGCUGGCUGUCGGAGGGAGAGGCGGAUCGUUGUGAGUCCAAUGUUUCUCCACAGCGCGGACCUGAACCUUUCUCCUCCAACAAAACGAGUUCCACUGAGGUAGCUGAGAGACGGCUUUCCCUCCCCCGGAGAGGAGCUGGAGGUGGACUACAGGGGUGGGGAUCACAAUGAUCCACACCAUGGAAUGCGCAGCGGACGCGCAAAGCCUCAUCUCCAUUUCCUUAAUGAAGAUCCACAACUCCAGGACGCAGAGAGGGGGGAUCAAGCUGCACAAAAACCUGCUGGUGUCCUACGUGCUGCGGAACGCCAGGCAGGUCUACGUCAAGGAGAAAUACGCGGAGAUCUAUAGGAUGCAGCAGUACGAGGAGGUGAUGACCGUCUGCAACGAGAUCCAGGAGCUCAACCCGCUGGAUCUGGACGCAGAGGACGCCGACGACGAGGAGCAGACGCGGGCUGCUUGCUGCGGCGGAGAGGGGAGUCUCUGCGGCUCUGCGUGCCACCGAGACGCAGCGCAGCCGGCGGCGCACGCCCGGACAGCGAGCGCUCUUUUCGGCUGCUCUCCCCUCGAGGACGGAGGCAAAGAACCGGAUCCCUCCUACUAUCGGAGCUGCUGCAUGGAGGCUGCCCCCGUGUCCCAUUGUGACCAGUUUCCCGCAAACGGCAGCGCGCACUGCAACAAAACCACAGUGCUGGAUUUGGACACGCAUGUGGUAACCACGGUGGAGAACGGCUACCUCCACCAGGACUGCUGCUGCGACGCGCUCCAGUGCGGCCAGGGCGCGCAGUCCCCGGCCAAGAAACGGAAGGUCGAGUUCGGCUUUUGUACGUCCGACGGGGAGGAGGUGUCGGAUUUUCCAUCGGCACGCAAGCGGGCGAAACGCGAGGACUGUUCCUACUUCCACCUAGACUACACAGACACUUCCAACAUCUCCAACCUGAUCUCCAUCUUCGGAUCGGGGUUUACAGGGCUGCUGAGCAGACAGGCGGACUUGGACCAGAUCUGUAGUAAACAGGUCCUGGCCAGUCUGGGGGCAUGGACCCGAGCGAUUGUGGCAUUUUGAAUCAAACCCUUUUUUUUUUCUUCAGGGGAGACCGGGGUCAGUUGUAACACUUUUUUCCCACAAAAGUAUGAAACUAAACCCAGUGGAGAAGCUUUUGUUGGGGGGGGGGGGGGGGGGGGGGGGGGACAUGUUUCUAAGCGCAGGAGAAUGACAAUUAACGUUCCCGUAAUUGUUCUCUGUAGCCUAAUUAAUUUGUGGAACGUAUUGCAUAGUUCCACCUUCUACUAUUUACAUGUCCAUGAUGCAAUGGUGUUUUUCUGAAACCCUUCCAGGAAUGUUCUUAGACCAAGUUUUCCUUGGGAACCUUGCUAGUGGACUGGACUCUUCCACAUCCUUUCUAUGUGCACAUAGUGAAUAGUGUGCUGCAGAAUAUCGACUGGGUGAGAUCAGUGUGUUCUACAGAAGCUGUGCAUUGUUACAAAUAGAGCCCCUACGCUAAAAGUAAAAUAAAAUCAACUUUUCUUGUCACCAAUAUGCGCACCAAUAUCAGCAGAAGUCAUUUAACCGUCCAGUGAUGGCCAAAAACAGAUUUAUUAAUUGACUUUGAACACAACACGUGUGAAAACAUCACAAGUGGCCAAACUGUAUCCUCAAUAACCUCAUUUCUGAACAUGAAUUGAUUAUUAGCCAAUAUGUUGAAUAUGACUGACAAGGAAUUUUGACCAUUCAGCUUUAAGCAUUAUACAUUACAACUGGCCUCUCAGUGUCAUACUAAUGUGUUGAAAACUAUUUGAUUGGCUAUCCUCAGCUUGAUGUCUUUCAAAAACAGUGAUUUUUUUUUUUAAAUAUACAGAAGACACAAGUAUCGAGAAUUAUACCCCCAAAGCACACCUUUUGUCUUAAAGAAAGAAACAGAUAACAGAUGUGAAUGUGGCUCAUUGGUGGGCACUGUGUGACGUCACUCCCACUCGUUUCUGAUUGGAGGAUCUGGAGGUGUUACAACGGAACCAGUCUCCCCUAUCAACUUUUAUUUUGGCAGGAAAAAGAAAAGCUAUUUUAAAAAAGAAGAGGAAAAAAGAGCAUUUUGGCAGGGAGAGGACAGAUUUUGUGCCAUAUAAAUAUAUCUUUAUAUAUAUAGAUAUAUAUAUAUCUAUAUAUAUAUCUAUAUAUAGAUAUAUAUAUAUCUCCUGUUGUCAGAAUGGUAAUUACAUGAUGAAAUGGAUUGACUUCCAUUGCCUUAAAUCAAAUGCACACAACUGCUAUCACUGUAAAACCUUUCACCGUAAACCAGUAAACUACUGUUUAUUUACAGUAAGCAUCCCGUUUUUAAAUGUUACGGUAUUUUACUGUAAAUAGACACUGUUUCUUACAGUAUUAUUUGAAUUUACAGUAAUACACGGGCUGCCAGUGUAGCUCCCGCCUUUUCCUUUUAUUUUCCCGAGAUGCUUUAGUAUUAACAGUAAAUACCUGUAAUCUGUAACAGUCGCAGAUAGUGCUGUGAUAUUAUUAUUUUCUCCCAGAAUGCAUGGCCAUUUACAGUACAAUCCUGUAUAACAAUAAAAUAGUAUGAUACUG